CCUAUAUUAGUAUAUUUUAUUCGCCUUUGAAUUUAUUGAAUUUCCAAAUUUCCUAUGUGUGUUUUAUAGUCAUACAAUUUACUUUAUCAUUGCUUGUUCACUUCACUGCACUUUAAUACUUUAUAGUGGACUGGAGUAGGUACUAGAAUCUGAUACCAUAGUCCAAACUUCUAUGUGUCAGCAACUGCGACUGGAAUACCUAUAAGACAUUCUGUGUGGAGUGCUUUUAAGUUUUGACGCCAUAUGUGCAUCACCCAUAUUGAUUGAUAACUACAGUCUGGGCGGAAGUUUACGUGGAUCAUUAUCUGUUGUCUUUAUUUGAAAGAUCAAUUGUUAAUAAUAUUUCAACUAUGAAUUCAUCAUCAUUGAAUGUAUUUUGUCCAAAAUAUUCAGACUCUGAAGCACCGAUAUCAGUUAUUACAGAGAUCUUAACAGAAAUUGACUCUUUAAAAUUUAAAAAUAUAUCCGAUGAAUUUGGCAAAUUAGGGUUUACCAAAGUGAAGGAUUUGGCUCGAGCGACCCUUGGAAAAGCCAGCUCGAUUAAAUUGUCUGGAGAUACCUUAACGCACCUUUAUGGAGCUAUGAAGAUAUAUAGUGAAGGCCUAGAUAAGCUUCUAAACUUUGCAAAAUCAGAACAUCAAAAUGGAAAUUACAUUGAAACGCAAAAUUUAUGUAAAGUAUUACUUACACAUAAACCGACAGACUUAAAUAUUAUACUGCUUAAUGCCAGUUCAUUUUUCAAAUGCAAAAAUUAUGAAAAAUGUAUUGAAUGUUUAGAAAACGCAAAAAAAAUAAAUCCCAAUUGUUCUGAAGUUAUAAGUAACUUGGCAUUAGUUUAUAUAGAAAGAUCAGAAAAUGAUUUAGCAAAAGAAUACUUAUUUAAAUUAUGUACAAUAGACCCUGAUUCUGUGGAUGCAUGGAUAGCUUAUGCCAAUUUUUUACUUAAGACAAAUGACUUAGUCCUUGCUGAUUUCGCUUAUUCCCGCAUUUUAAGUCUACAGCCCGAAUCAUAUAAAGUACGCAAUGAGUACGGGAAACUACUAUUAAAAUUAAACAAAAUAAAAGAGGCUAAAAAUCAAUUUAAAAUUGCCAACAUCCAUGCAAAAGAAUCAUGUACAGAAACUUUGAACAAUUUAGCAGAUGUAUAUUAUAAGAGCGGUAAAUUUGGAAAAUCGAUUUUGAAAUAUAAACAACUCUUAGAAAUAAACCCUGAUCAGAAGAAUGCUUAUUUUCAGUUGGGAAUGGCGUAUAUAAAAGUUACUGAGUACCAAAAUGCAUCUAAUGCAUUUAAAAAAGCAAUAGCACUAGAACCAGAAAAUGUAUUUUUUUUAAGUCAGUUAGCAGUUACAUACCGUCUUCUAGAUAAUAUGAGAUUGUCUGUCAAAACAUACAAAAAGUGUUUAAACCUCAAGCCUCAUGACUUUAAUUUAAACUUGGAUCUUGCUUUAGUGUAUUUGAUUAACAUUAAAAAUUAUCAUGAAGCUAUAAUAUACCUUCAAAAAUGUAUCCAGUUAAAUCCGGACAGAAUUGACCUGUACGAAAAGCUUUUUAUUGCAUACAAGACAACUAAAGAUCAUUUAAAUGCGUCCGAUGCUUGCAUGUCUAUGGGAGAUUUGUAUCUGGAGAAGGAUGAUUAUGAAAAUGCAAGAAACUCAUUCUGUUGUGCAGUACUUAUGAACCCGAUGAAUGCAUUUGGUCAUUGGAGAAUGGGCCUAACCUUGUAUAAACUGGGACAUUUGGAUUUGGCUCUUAAAAAAUACAAACAUGCAAUAGCAAUAAGGCCAGACUUUCCCGAUGCUUAUUGCGAUAUGGGGGCUAUAUAUGAUGAGUACGGUCAUCUCGAGCAAGCCAAAGCAUAUUACGAAAUAGCAAUCAAGUUAAGUCCAAACAACCAUAUCAAUGCUCAGUUGAACUUGGACGUUAUUUUAAUGAAAGAAAUGGAUCUUAAUAAUGCUAUGGCAGACAAUGAAAAGCAAUAGAAUAUGACAACACACCUGUCAAGUAGAUGUAAUUUGAUAUUCUACAUCUUCAAACAACAAUUAUUCCAUCCUGGUUGAAUAACUUUGAACACCAUAGUGAUUUGUUUCAAACUAAAUUUUUCGAUGCUGUUAAAGUUAUUAAUAUUCAUAUAUUAGUUGUUUUUUUUUUCCGUUUUGAACCGACAGCAGAGUAGGGUCUAUUUGCACAAUACUACUUCUCAAUUCAUAUAUUAGUUGACAUGAGUGGUUAUACAAAGGUGCCCAAACUGAAAUAAUUGCUUUGAGAUCGGCUCCAAUACAAGUUUCAUGGAUUGGUUAUCUUAGUACCAGUGGUGCAACAUUCAUGGAUUACUUCAUUACAAAUAAUACAUGUUCUGAAUAAAUAUACUGAAAAAAUCAUACUAUUUUUGUUGUUGACCACAAACAAAAGUUUUCUAAUUUACGACAUGUAUUUAAGAUGAACUGGAUUACCUUUCAACUUACCAAAAAAUGUUGAUA